GGGACACAAAUGUGUGUCACAUAAUGUGUGAAUUGUUUCUAAUUUGAGCUCAAUUUUGUUGAACUCAUUGCUCGUAUCGAAAGUUAACACAAAUCUGAACUCAAAGUGAGCUCUCAUUCAAAGCAUUAAUCGAUUUGUCAUUAAUUAAGACAUUUUGUGAUCACUUUUGAAGAUAUUUGUCAUCAAUUAAGUAAAGACUGGUCACCACUGAGAUGGACAACAAUGAUAUAGAGAUGGAAUGUUCGCCAUCGGAAGUGCCCGACGUUUCUGAAGUGUUACAACUGAUCCAUCGGCCGAUGCAAAGGGGAGAGCACUGGUAUUUGGUCGACAAGAAGUGGUUCGACGAAUGUAAACAAUAUCUCAAUGAUCACCAACAGGUCCACAAUCCCGGACCCAUUGAUAACUCAGCUCUGUUCCAAACUCUGGAGAAUCGAGUUCUUCGCGAACGUCUUCAAGAAGAAGUAGACUAUCAAUUUGUACCGGAAGAAGGUUGGCAUCUAUUGAUGAAAGAGUUCGGUAUUGUAGAGGAGUCUCAUGUUAUCCGACGGGCGGUCAUAGAACAGGGAACCUAUUCGGUCUAUUGUAUGGUUGAGAUCUAUCCGAUUGAACUUAAAUUAAGUCUUUACGGAUCUAAAGAAGAUGUAAUUCUUAAGACAUACAGUAGAGUAAUAACUUUGACACAAUUGGAGUCUGAAAUGAAGACAUUGUUUAAUAUCGAUGACGUGAAAGAUACUCAACUUUGGGCCAAUGGAUCAAUACUGAAGGCCCACAACGAUUCUCUAUCGCCUUCCAGUUCUAAUGAUAAUACAAACGAUAAUCAGACUCUCAAUGACGCCGGACUUAUGAGUGGAACAGUAGUAACACUCGAAGUGCGCAAUCCUGACGGCACGUGGCCUUCAAGUCGACCCCGUUAUGGAGCCAUUGCCACCCGUUCUUCAAAAUGUAUUCCUGGUUUGUGUGGACUCAUGAACUUAGGAAAUACAUGUUUCAUGAAUAGUGCUCUUCAGUGUCUGUCUAACACUCAGCCAUUAACUGAAUUCUUAUUGAGUGAUCAAUACUGGAAUGAUAUCAAUACUGACAAUCCUUUAGGUAUGAGAGGAGAAAUAGCUAAAAGUUAUGCCGACCUAAUAAAGGCAAUGUGGAGCGGUUCCCAUACUUGUUUGGCUCCGAGAGAAUUCAAGCUCUCUGUCGGCCGAUUUGCGCCACAAUUUAGUGGAUUCUCGCAACAAGAUUGCCAAGAAUUGAUGGCCUUUCUAUUAGAUGGAUUGCACGAAGAUUUAAACCGUGUCCGACAAAAACCAUACAUUGAAAUCAAAACAGAUGUCGAUUUAAGACCAGAUGCCGUUGUGGCGGCCGAGUCGUGGGAAAACUACAAGAAACGCAAUGACAGUAUAAUUGUGGACACAUUUCAUGCAUUGUUAAAGUCGACACUUGUUUGUCCCGAUUGUAAUCUCGUUAGUGUGACAUUUGACCCCUUUUGUUACCUGAGUUUGCCGCUACCCGUUAAGCGUGAACGACCUAUCGAUGUAGUAUUUGUGCCGGUUUUGCAACCAAAUGUGCUCAACGAUAAUAACAACAAAACAGAUGAAACUCAGGAACAAUUGAAAGCUAUUCAAAUGUCACGUCUAAUGAUACCAAAGUACGGCACUAUUGCUGACAUUUGCAACGCUGUGGCCAAAACUAUCAAUGAUAGCCAAGUGUUGAAGCAUACCAUUGAUUCGGAAAGACUUAUUGUUACCGAUGUCUAUAAUCAUAGGUUUCAUAAACUUUUUAGCCGAGAGGAGUCAUAUUCUGGACAAUUGGAUGAAGUAAUAGUUUACGAGACACUUGAAAAUAGUUCUUCAAUUGCUGUCUAUUUACGCGAAGUUAAAGCCGAUGAAACUACUGCUCUAUUUGGCCGUCCAUUUAUUAUAAGCAUUAAUGAUUCAAAUUAUGAAACACUUUACGAAGCAGUGACUCAACAGUUAAGACGGUUUAUGAAAAUACCGUUGAGUGAAGAGGAAUCAGAUUCUGAUGAAGGAGUUGCUGAGUGUGAGCGCACCGAUAGGUUUGCCUUGACUUUUGUUAAUUCUUAUGGCUCUCUUAAUAUCGAACGACUCGAGCGAACCAAACCAUUUGAAUUGAGUAACAAAACGUUUAUAGCCGUGGAUUUGCCGACACGAAUGAAGAAUAAAUAUUAUAAUGAGGCUGAGGUUGAAAACCCGUACAAAUUGCCACCACUUAAGUCAACCACCAAUACUACCAAAUCAUCAUUACCUCUGUCUGAAUGUAUUUCUCAAUUCACUACAACUGAGAGAUUGGGUUCAGACGAUCCGUGGUAUUGUCCCAAAUGUAAGAAACAUCAAAUGGCAUCCAAAAAGUUUGAUUUAUGGACACUUCCAAAAGUUUUAAUAAUACAUUUAAAAAGAUUUUCUUAUUCACGUGUAUUUCGGGAUAAAUUAGAUAUUUUGGUUGAUUUUCCUCUUCAUUCACUUGAUAUGGGAGAAUACUUAUUGAAUAAUCCCAAUAACGAGUCAUUAUUAUAUGAUUUGACAGCUGUGGCCAAUCAUUACGGCGGUCUCGGAGGCGGUCAUUACACAGCCUAUGCCAAGAAUAUUCACACCGGAAGCUGGCAUUACUUCGACGACUCAAAUGUAAGUUCUGCUUCUGAAGAUAACGUGGUCUCGAAGGCCGCGUAUGUAUUGUUCUAUCAAAGAAGGGAAUGAUUAUAACAAUUAUUAAUAUUUAUUA